UUCACUCCGAACACUCUGGUCCGUGAUUUCACGAUAAUCUCGUUAACGUCACAAUCAGGAAGUGAGUGCGGAAAUGCUCUCACAGCUGUUGCUUACUGCUGCAGAUAGUUUCCAGCCAGGUCUUGCAUGUCACCAAGCAGCGUUUCUGUCAAGAUGUUGAAGUCGGUCAUUUUAAUCGGAGGCCCCCAGAAAGGCACAAGAUUCAGGCCACUGUCAUUUGAAGUGCCCAAACCCCUGUUUCCAGUAGCUGGUGUUCCCAUGCUUCAGCACCACAUUGAAGCAUGUGCCAAGGUUCCAAAUAUGAAGGAGAUUUUGCUCAUUGGUUUUUAUCAGCCAAAUGAAGAACUGAAUAGAUUUCUGUUAAAUGCACAGCAGGAGUUCAAAAUUUCAAUCAGGUACUUGCAGGAGUAUGCAGCCCUGGGCACUGGAGGGGGCAUCUAUCACUUCAGAGAUCAGAUUGUCUCUGGCAGUCCAGAGGCUUUCUUUGUACUGAAUGCUGAUGUUUGUUCAGCAUUUCCUCUUACAGAGAUGCUCAGCUUUCAGAAAGAACACGGAGAACCAAACAGCUUUGUUAUCCUUGGGACAACGGCAAACAGAAAGCAAUCCAUGAAUUAUGGCUGUAUUGUGGAAAACGAAGAAUCGAACGAGGUCUUGCAUUAUGUGGAAAAGCCAAGCACAUUUGUGAGUGACAUCAUCAACUGUGGUAUAUACCUCUUUAACCCAGACAUCUUCCAACAUAUUGGCGCAGUCUUCCAGAAGAACCAGCAGGACAUGUUACUAUAUCCCUAUGAUGGAGAGGAGCCAACCAACGGCUGGCACCGAGCUGAGGCCAUCAGGCUGGAGCAGGACAUUUUCACUGCCCUGGCAGGACAGGGAAAACUCUACGUAUAUAAAACCCUCAGCUUCUGGAGCCAGAUUAAAUCUGCAGGGUCUGCAAUUUAUGCCAGUCGAUUGUACCUCAACCAGUAUCACACAACUCAUCCUGAAAGACUGGCGUCAAAUAAGGAGGGAGGCCCCAAAAUAACUGGUAAUGUCUAUAUUCAUCCUACAGCUAAUAUUGAUCCCACAGCUGUGUUGGGUCCCAACGUUUCCAUCGGCACUGGAGUGACUAUUGGCGCUGGUGUCAGAGUUCGAGAAUCUAUCAUCCUCCAUGGUGCAAAUUUACAGGAUCACUGCUGUGUUUUGAACAGCAUUGUGGGAUGGGAUAGUACCAUUGGCAAGUGGGCAAGAGUAGAGGGAACCCCAAGUGACCCAAAUCCAAAUGAUCCCUAUGCAAAGAUCGACAGCGAGACACUCUUCAGAGAAGGAAAACUCACCCCCUCAAUUACAAUUCUAGGUUGUAACGUGACGAUCCCCUCUGAGGUGAUUAUACUGAACUCAAUUGUCCUCCCACAUAAAGACCUCAACCGCGGCUUCAAAAACCAAAUUAUUCUCUAGUUAAUCUUCCUCACGCUUCUGUCCACUUAUUGUCACUGAUGAAGGAUGCUGCUGCCCAACUGCUGGCUCUGUCUCUGAGUUACUGUAUAUAAGAUGUCAGAAAUGAAUAUAUGGAAGAUUCAUUUCAUAGUUUUGAAAGAUAGAUUUUUCUUUUUAUAUAUAUAUAUUUGUCCUCGAGCCUUUAUGCAACAUUGAGUGUCAGCAACAUUAGAGAGAGGCUAAUCAUGCAUGUUGAUUCACCUUGAAAGGUUCCGUCAUGCCAGAGGUUUUAUAUUGUUUUUACUUAUUAAAUUUACCGAACUGUAAAAUUACCGCAGACACUAAUGUAAUGUAUGUAGUUGGAUUUAAUAUGAUGUAAAAAAUUAAAUAAUAAAAAAAAAGAGUUUAUAGAUAACACAUAUUCUGUUUCUCAAGGGCAUCCUUGACAAACGUGAACUGUUACUUCAACAUGAGACGGGAAAUUAUUGGAAAAUAAAAAUCACUGGCUACCAA